UAUUUGCUUCCUGCCUGCUAGCAGUCAGUGGGAUGCUAAGGGACCUCGCUCAUUGAUUCAAAUCAAAACACUCGACACUGCUGUUGCUCGGUCCAGGGUGGAAAGAAAUGUAAGUUUAUGAGGAAUUGAUUUGCUUUUUAGAGAACAUCUUGGGAAAGUAAGCUGUUUGUAUCAAUUUUAGCGACACGACGGCCGCGGAUUGGGAAGACCCUUCUUCGUCCGGCAUUUUUCUGCCACCCUAUAAAGCCUAUCGUGCCCCCUGUGGUGAUAGAAGCUCAUGACAGACGAGGGUCACUUCCUGACUCCGCGAUAAAACUUCCUAUUUAGAACAUACUGUACAUGUUGGAAGCCACAUGGAUACGAAUAAGUCCUGCCACCCCCCCAAAAUGCCUCAUGGAUGGAUCAGAGAGGUUCGGCAGCGACGAACAGGCAAGACAGCAGGAAAAGUGGACGUGUACAUCACCAGUCCCCAUGGGCAGAGGUUCCGAUCGAGAGCUUCUCUGCGAGCAUACCUUGUGAAUAACGCUCAAGACGUCGACAUCAAUCUCUUCGAUUUUACAGCAGACUCUCUGCAGUGUCUCCCUGUUCGAGGAAAACGGACAAGAGGUGGACAGCAGCAGGACAUUCUGGAAGAUGAAGAUGCAUCAAAACUACUGGAAGCGCCUACAAAUACCUGUGAAAGUGAAAGCUCCCCCCACAAAGGUGUGUGUGCGGAGCAGAGGAACCUUGUUGAUCUGGAGAGCCAAACAACUCCUGAACUUGCAAGCGCGGCGUGUGACGACGUCACAACGCACGAGGACCCUCGCAGGCUGGACCCGCUGAGAGCGAGGCUUCCGAGACGGACUCCGUAUGUGGACGAGCUUGAGGCAGGCGAAGAUGAGUUGCGGAUGGACAGCGAACCCAGUCGGCAACGGAAGGUUGUCCCCAAUGCCGAAGAAGAUGAGUUGCUGUCUCAAAUCACUGCUGGAAACUGCGUGCCAGUGGCAAAUUCCAGAAAUAAGUCCAAAGGUUUAGAAGACAAACGGAAAACAAGCCCUUAUUUCAGCAGGAAGCCUCUCGCAGACGGUCCCAGUCCACCUCGAAGAAAAGCCUUCAAGAAGUGGACACCUCCUCGUUCUCCUUUCAACCUUGUACAAGAAACCGUUUUCCAUGACGUGUGGAAGCUACUGGUGGCUACCAUUUUUCUGAACAAGACAAGUGGUAAGAUGGCCAUUCCAGUCCUUUGGCAAUUCUUCGAGCUGUACCCGUGUGCAGAGGUGGCCCGCCAAGCCGACCCCAAGGCCAUGUCUGAACUCCUCAAGCCACUUGGCCUCUUUGAGCUUCGGGCCAAAAUCAUCAUCCGAUUCUCAGAUGAGUAUCUGAGCAAACCGUGGCGUUACCCCAUCGAGUUACACGGCAUCGGCAAGUACGGCAACGAUUCCUACAGGAUCUUCUGUGUGGAAGAAUGGAGACAGGUGACGCCUGACGAUCGCAUGUUGAACAAAUAUCACGCCUGGCUUUGGGAAAACCAGGAGACGCUCGGACUCUGAAUAGAGCGUGAAGAACUGGUCGCAUGAAAAGCUUUCGGUCAUCAAU